GGCGCCGCCUCGACUCCGCCCGCCGCCGCCGCCGCCGCCGCCGCCGCUGCCGCUCGGAGGGCGCGCGGGCGCUGGGAGGCCGAGCUGGGCCGGACGCGCAGGGGUGGCGGCGGCGGCGCGCGGGGUCGAGGCGGCGAUGCGGGAGCGGGGCCGGGGGCGCCUGCCCCGGAGGCUGCUGCUGCUGCUGGCGCUCUGCGUGCAGGCGGCGCGGCCCAUGGGCUAUUUCGAGCUGCGGGUGAGCGCGCUGCGGAACGCGAACGGGGAGCUGCUGAGCGGCGCCUGCUGUGACGGCGACGGCCGCGGCCGGACCGCGCGCGCGGGGGGCUGCGGCCACGACGAGUGCGACACGUACGUGCGCGUGUGCCUCAAGGAGUACCAGGCCAAGGUGACGCCCACGGGGCCCUGCAGCUACGGCCACGGAGCCACGCCCGUGCUGGGAGGCAACUCCUUCUACCUGCCGCCGCCGGGCGCCACGGGGGACAGGGUGCGUGCGCGAGCGCGGGCUGGCGGCGACCAGGACCCGGCCCUCGUCGUCAUCCCCUUCCAGUUCGCCUGGCCGCGCUCCUUCACCCUCAUCGUGGAGGCCUGGGACUGGGACAACCAGACCACCCCGGAUGAGGAGCUGCUGAUCGAGCGGGUGUCGCACGCGGGCAUGGUGAACCCCGAGGACCGCUGGAAGAGCCUGCGCUUCAGCGGGCACGUGGCGCAGCUGGAGCUGCAGGUGCGCGUGCGCUGCGCCGAGAACUACUACAGCCCCACCUGCAACAAGUUCUGCCGGCCCCGCCACGACUUCUUCGGCCACCACACCUGCGACCAGUACGGCAACAAGGCCUGCAUGGACGGCUGGAUGGGCCCCGAGUGCAAGGAAGCCGUGUGUAAACAAGGCUGCAACCUGCUCCACGGCGGCUGCUCCGUGCCCGGCGAGUGCAGGUGCCACUACGGCUGGCAGGGGCGCUUCUGCGACGAGUGCGUGCCGUACCCCGGCUGCGUGCACGGCAGCUGCGUGGAGCCCUGGCAGUGCAACUGCGAGACCAACUGGGGCGGCCUGCUCUGCAACAAAGACCUGAACUACUGCGGCAGCCACCACCCCUGCACCAACGGGGGCACGUGCAUCAACGCGGAGCCGGACCAGUACCACUGCGUCUGCCCCGCCGGCUACGCGGGCAAGAACUGCGAGCGGGCCGAGCACGCCUGCGCCUCCAACCCCUGCGCCAACGGGGGCUCCUGCCACGAGGUGCCCUCCGGCUUCGAGUGCCACUGCCCGUCCGGCUGGAGCGGACCCACCUGCGCGCUGGACAUCGACGAGUGUGCCUCCAACCCGUGCGCGGCGGGCGGCACCUGCGUGGACCAGGUGGACGGCUUCGAGUGCCUGUGCCCCCAGCAGUGGGUGGGCGCCACCUGCCGGCUGGACGCCAAUGAGUGUGAAGGGAAGCCGUGCCUUAACGCUUUUUCUUGCAAAAACCUGAUUGGUGGCUAUUACUGUGAUUGCAUCCCGGGCUGGAAGGGGAUCGACUGCCAUAUCAACAUCAACGACUGUCGAGGGCAGUGUCAGCACGGAGCCACCUGCAAGGACCUGGUGAACGGCUACCAGUGCGUGUGCCCACGGGGCUUCGGGGGCCGGCACUGCGAGCUCGCGCUGGACGAGUGCGCCAGCAGCCCCUGCCGCAGCGGCUUCUGCGAGGACCUGCUGGACGGCUUCCGCUGCCACUGCCCCCCCGGCGUCUCGGGGCUGCUGUGCGAGGUGGAUAUCGACUUGUGUGACCCGAGCCCCUGCCAGAACGGCGCCCGCUGCUACAACCUGGAGGGCGACUACUACUGCGCGUGCCCUGACGACGUGGGUGGCAAGAACUGCUCUGUGCCCAGGGAGCCUUGCCCUAACGGGGCCUGCAGAGUGAUUGACAGCUGCGGGUUCGAGGCAGGAGUGGCCGGCGGGGCCCCGUCCAGCGUGUGCGGCCCCCACGGGCACUGUGUCAGCCACCCCGGGGGCAACUUCUCCUGCGUCUGUGACAGCGGCUUCACGGGCGCCUACUGCCAUGAGAACAUCGACGACUGCCUGAGCCAGCCGUGCCGCAACGGGGGCACGUGCAUCGACGAGGUGGCCGCCUUCCGCUGCUUCUGCCCCAGCGGCUGGGAGGGCGAGCUCUGCGACACCAAUCCCAACGACUGCCUCCCCGAUCCCUGCCACAGCCGCGGCCGCUGCCACGACCUGGUCAACGACUUCUACUGCGCGUGCGACGACGGCUGGAAGGGCAAGACCUGCCACUCGCGCGAGUUCCAGUGCGACGCCUACACCUGCAGCAACGGCGGCACCUGCUACGACAGCGGCGACACCUUCCGCUGCGCCUGCCCGCCCGGCUGGAAGGGCAGCACCUGCAACCUCGCCAGGAACAACAGCUGCCUGCCCAACCCCUGCCUCAACGGGGGCACCUGCGUGGGCAGCGGCGACUCCUUCUCCUGCAUCUGCCGAGACGGCUGGGAGGGCCGCACCUGCACCCACAACACCAACGAUUGCAACCCUCUGCCCUGCUACAACGGCGGCGUCUGCGUCGAUGGCGUCAACUGGUUCCGCUGCGAGUGCGCUCCCGGCUUCGCGGGCCCCGACUGCCGCAUCAACAUCGACGAGUGCCAGUCCUCGCCCUGCGCCUACGGGGCCACGUGUGUGGACGAGAUCAACGGCUACCGCUGCAGCUGCCCGCCGGGCCGCGCUGGCCCGCGGUGCCAGGAGGUGAUCGUGUUCGGCAGGUCCUGCUGGUCGCAGGGGGUGCCCUUCCCUCACGGGGGCUCCUGGGUGGAGGACUGCAACAGCUGCCGCUGCCUGGACGGCCGCCGGGAUUGCAGCAAGGUGUGGUGUGGACGGAAGCCUUGCCUGCUGGCCAGCCGGCCCGACACGCUGAGCGCCCAGUGCCCUCCGGGCCAGCAGUGCGGGGAGAAGGCCCCGGGGCAGUGCCUGCAGCCGCCCUGCGCGGCCUGGGGGGAGUGUGGCCCCGAGGAGCCCCUGCUGCCCGGCACCCCCUGCGUGCCGCGCUCCGGCCACCUGGACAACAACUGCGCCCGCCUCACGCUGCACUUCGACCGCGACCAGGUGCCCCCGGGUACCACGGUGGGCGCCAUCUGCUCGGGGAUCCGCGCCCUGCCGGCCACGCGGGCGGUGGCCCGGGACCGCCUCCUCGUGCUGCUGUGUGACCGUCCGUCCGCGGAGGCCAGCGCCGUGGAGGUGGCCAUGUCCUUCAGCCCCGCCUGGGACCUGCCUGACAGCAGCCUGAUCCAGAGCACGGCCCACGCCAUCGUGGCCGCCAUCACGCAGCGCGGGAACAGCUCGCUGCUGCUGGCCGUCACCGAGGUCAAGGUGGAGACGGUGGUCAUGGGCGGCUCCUCCACAGGGGUGCUGGUGCCCGCGCUGUGCGGCGUGUUCAGCGUGCUGUGUCUGGCCUGCGUGGCCGUCUGCAUGUGGUGGACCCGCAAGCGAAGGAAAGAGCGGGAGCGGAGCCGGCUGCCGCGGGAGGAGAGCGCCAACAACCAGUGGGCCCCGCUCAACCCCAUCCGCAACCCCAUCGAGCGGCCGGGCGGCCACAAGGACGUGCUGUACCAGUGCAAGAACUUCACGCCGCCGCCGCGCCGGGCGGCCGAGGCGCUGCCGGGGCCCGCGGGCCGGGGCGGCGGCGGGGAGGACGAGGACGACGAGGAGCCGGGCCGCAGCGAGGAGGACUCCCCGGAGGCGGAGAAGUUCCUCUCCCACAAACUCACCAAAGAGCCCGGGGGCUCGCCCGGGAGGCCGGCCUGCUGGGCCCCGGGCCCCAAAGUGGACAACCGGGCGGUCAGGAGCAUGAACGAGGCCCGCCGAGCCGGCCAGGACUAGGCCGGCCGCCGCGGGCCGGGACCGGGACCCCGCCCCGUGCGGGGCGCCACCCUACUGCCGACCAGGAGGCUGAGGCUGUGUGCAUAGUUUCUUUAUUUUGUGUAAAAAAACACCAAAAACCAAAAACAAAUGUUUAUUUUCUA